AUGAAGUUCAUGAUUGACGACCUGCCGGUCCUCUUUCCGUAUGAGAGUCUGCCUCAUGGUCUCGACUUAUUGGCCGGUCUCCCCAUGCUACCGCCCCGGCCUGUAACCAUUGUGGUAGUGCACGCCGAUAAGGACCACGAUUACAGCUACAUGUGUGACCUGAAGAAGACGCUUGAUGCUGGGAUGCCGUCCGGAACAGGGAAGACAGUAUCCCUCCUCUCGCUCAUUAUCUCGUACAUGCAAUUCUACGGAGGAGAGAAGAAGCGCAAGCUGAUCUACUGCUCGCGAACAGUGCCCGAGAUCGAGAAGGCGCUCGCAGAGCUGAAGCGGCUGAUGGAGUACCGCGAGGACAUGGGUGCGAAGGACACUGGAUUCCGCGGGCUCGGUUUGACGUCGCGCAAGAACUUGUGUUUGAACCCGGAGGAGAAGAAGGGCAAGGUUGUCGACUCGCGGUGUCGCGACAUGACGAGCUCGUUUGCGUGCGAGAAGGGCCGCGCCGACCCGGGAAGCGUGCAGUUGUGCUCGUGGCAUGAGGAGCUGAACAACUACGAGCCGGGCCAUCUUAUCCCCGAGGGCGUGUGGACGCUCGACGAUGUGAAGAAGUAUGGACAGGAGAAGGGCGUGUGCCCCUACUUCACGAUCCGAAGAAUGAUGCCCUACGUCGAUGUCAUCAUCUACUCGUUCCACUACCUCCUCGACCCGAAGGUUGCGGAGCAGGUUUCGGCUGAGCUCAGCAAGGAGGCGAUCGUCGUGUUCGACGAAGCGCACAACAUCGCAGCGAGGAGUGUUGCCAAGAUCGGGGAUAAGAUCGACGAGAUCAAAAAGUCGGACGCGGAGAAGCUGAACGCCGAGUACCAGAAACUCGUGGACGGAUUAGCGGCGGCGAACGACCGACGAGAAGAGGACGACAUGCUUUCCAACCCGGUGCUGUCCGAGGACAUGAUCCAGGAAGCGAUCCCGGGCAACAUCCGCAAAGCGGAGCACUUCAUCGCCUUCCUCAAACGCUUCAUCGAGUAUCUCAAGACGCGAAUGCGAGUACUGCACGUUGUCGCCGAGACACCGCAGUCCUUCAUGGCGCACCUGAAGGAGAUCACGUUCAUCGAGAAGCGGCCUUUGCAGUUCUGCGCGGAGCGACUGACAUCGCUGAUCCGCACGCUCGAACUAACCAACCUCGACGAGCACUUUGCUCUCCAGAAGAUCGCGAGCUUCGGUACUCUCGUCGCGACGUAUGAGAAGGGUUUCCUCCUUAUCCUCGAGCCAUAUGAGACGGAACAUGCGACGGUGCCAAACCCGAUCUUCCACUUCACGUGUCUCGACCCGUCACUAGCGAUGGCGCCUGUGUUCGAACGCUUCAGCAGCGUCAUCAUUACGUCGGGAACCAUCUCCCCGCUCGACAUGUACCCGAAGAUGCUGCAGUUCCAGCCCGUCAUCCAGGAGUCGUACCCCAUGACGCUUACACGAAACGCCUUCUUGCCCAUGGUUAUCACCCGUGGUAGCGACCAGGUGCCGAUCAGCUCGCGCUUCGAGGUGCGAAACGAUCCCGCCGUCGUGCGAAACUUCGGCUCCAUCCUCAUUGACAUGGCGAAGACCGUGCCGGACGGCGUCGUCGCUUUCUUCCCGUCGUAUCUGUACAUGGAGUCGAUCGUGAGCGCGUGGUACGACAUGGGUAUCCUCAGUGAGGUUUGGAAGCACAAGCUGCUCUUCGUCGAGACGCCGGACGCAAUGGAGACAUCGAUCGCGCUGAAGAACUACAGAGAGGCGUGCAACAAUGGCCGUGGCGCUGUCUUGCUUUCCGUCGCUCGAGGAAAGGUCUCGGAGGGUAUCGAUUUCGACCACAAUUACGGACGAGCAGUCAUCAUGUUCGGCAUCCCGUACCAGUACACGGAGAGCCGUAUUCUGAAAGCGCGUCUCGAGUUCCUGCGCGACAAUCACAGAAUCCGCGAGAACGACUAUCUCACUUUCGACGCGAUGCGACAUGCUGCGCAGUGCGUCGGUCGUGUACUCCGAGGAAAGACGGACUGGGGUCUCAUGGUGUUCGCUGACAAGGACAAGCGUGCCAAGCUUCCGCGCUGGAUCAACCAGUACAUCACGGACGCGCACAGCAACCUGUCGACGGACAUGGCGGUGGUGCUCGCGAAGAAGUUCAUCCGGAACAUCUCGCAGCCGUUCGACCACACGCAGACAGGUAUCUCGCUCUGGACGCUCGAGGACAUCGAGGAGCGCCAGCGCAAGGACAGGGAGGAGGCGGAGCGCGCCGGCGCCAUGGUCGACGACGCCUUCGGUCCCAGCGUCAGCAACGGCGACAAGGCGCCCGAGGACGUCGACAUGGACGGCCACUUUGACAUUGAUGAUGCGGCACUCGCUGCUGUCGACAUGCCCGACUAG